AUGUGGCAGUCUCUGCUUCUCCUUCUCCUUCUUCGACCGGCCGCGGCUCAGCUGUCGGGACCGGUCGGUCCCCUGACUUCUUAUGCUUCCAAAACGGCUACCAAAGUCUGCAACAUCAUUGACUACGGCGGCUAUCCUAACAAUGAGACCGAUAUUGGAUCGGCCCUGCUCAGUGCGUGGGAUGACUGCGCCAAGGGCGGGCUUGUGUAUAUCCCACCGGGCAACUACUCGAUGGCAACCUUCAAUGAGCUCAAGGACGGCGUAUCAUCAGCUGUGCAGCUGGACGGUGUCAUCAACCGCACGGGGAGUGAUGGGGCGACAAUGUUGUCCUUCCGCAACUGCAUCGACUUCGAGUUCUUUUCAGGCAACUCCAAGGGGACCAUCCAAGGAAAUGGACACGAGUACCUUGUCAAUGAUGAGUACGGCCCUCGUCUAAUGCGCUUUCAGGACAUGAGUAACUUCUCUGUUCAUGGCUUCGCCCUCGUCGAUUCUCCUUCCUACUACCUUACACUCGAUACGGUCAGCAAUGGCGAAAUCUACAAUAUUGUCAUGCGCGGGCCUACCGUGCUGGGAGGGACUGAUGCCAUUGAUUGUGUGACUGUGAAGAACCCAUCCUCCAACAUGGUGAUUGAGGAUAUCUUCUGUAAGGCCAGCGGAGGCAUGUCGAUCGGAUCUCUGUCUACCAACACCAACAUCUCCGACAUAUACUAUCGUCAUAUCUACGCCAACAACGCGGACCCGUGCUUUAUAAAGUACCAUGGCGGCAAUGGGACGGUCAAGAAUGUCGUCUGGGAUACCGUGACUGUCAAUGGGGGCUCUUACCCUUUUUCUAUUGAUAGCGCUUGGGGUACCAAAAGGGAGGGAGAUGGAGUUGAGAUUACCAACCUCACAUUCAAGAACUGGGUUGGAUACAAUUCCAAUGACUCACGGCCCUCCAUUCGCUUUCUAUGCACUUCGGAGGUGCCUUGCACAAACAUCACUCUCGAGGACGUCUAUAUGUUUUCCGAGGGUGACUAUGCCACAUAUGAAUGCCAGAAUGCUUUCGGGGAAGGAGCUUGUCUGAAUGGCACUGCUACUGCUACUACAUCAGCCGGCUAUACCGUCGUACAAACGGUGACCAGUGUCGCCACAUAUAUCACCUCCCGGAUGGCCAAUGAAUUCAGCACGGAAUUACUCGCAAUCUCAUCCUACACCAUUCUUCCAGUGCCGACCAGUUUCUACCCCGGCCAGACCCCAUAUUCUUCCCUCUUACAUCUGACCGGGCCUGGUGGUCUCAUGACCGCCAGCUCGGCUUCAUACAGGACAAGCGCCGUUGCGGCAUCGAGCCAGCAGGCUUCUUCCUCGAAUCUGAUCCCCAUAACCACGACUAGCUAAGCUCAAGCAGAACAAACCGGUAUAUUCACACCCGAGGAUCCGACAAAUGACUCCUGUGGUCCAAAUUAUGAUCCGCCAGAGGUUAGCAUACACCCCAAAUUGUCGGAUCACAAGCAUCACAGUCAUCUGGCAUAUCAUCUCAAGAAUAAAGCGCAUUAAAAAGACGAAAGAGGUGACUCUAACCAGAUAGUCCUGCCAUGGCGUGUGACUAUGCGACUAUCCCAUUCUUUGGCCCUGUGUCUCUGGAGCAAAGUGCCCACUUUAUCAUCCAUAUAGCUUGAUCACUGAAAGAACAGUGUUCUCGCAAAUAUAGAG